AUGUGCGGCAUAACCGCCUGGCUCGCUCUGGACGACGACAACAACAACCGUCUUGGCAGGGAUGUCGAUGUCGAGAAGAAACAACAUCGGGCCAAGCUCGCCGCUCAAUUGGACUCCAGUGUUGAAGCGAUGAGACAUCGCGGGCCAGACGCAAAGGGCAUAUGGGUCUCCCCCGACGGCACCGCUGGACUGGGCCAUGUACGACUUUCGACCCGAGAUCUGAGCUGUGCAGGUAAUCAACCCCUGCACAGUGGGUCCGCGGAGGAAGAAGAUGGUAUUCACGUUGUGGUUAAUGGAGAACUGUACUAUGAUUCUCAGCUUCGAGAGGACCUCGAGAAGGACUAUACCUUUCGAUCGGCUUCGGAUUCGGAAAUGGUGAUCGCAUUGUAUAAACGCCACGGAACCUUUUUCGUGGAGCAGCUUCGGGGGGAAUUCUCCUUGGUGUUGUUUGAUGCCAAAGAGAAGAGGCUUGUGGUGGCGCGGGAUAGGUUUGGGGUCAAGCCAUUGCAUUAUGGGGUCUUCGAUGGAAAGCUUCUGAUUGCGACGCAAUGCAAAGGCGUUGUGGAGUUGCUGGAGAACAGGGACUCGUUGCGUUGGGAUGUGACGUGUCUCGGCCAGGGAGGCGGACAUUAUGGAAAUCGAACCCUCUUCCACGGGAUCAGRAAGUUUCCUGCCGGACAUGUUCUGGUUCUUCGGCAGGGACAGGGCGAGCAGUUGAAGUUUGAACCGUAUUGGCGCACAACGUAUCCCAUCAACAGUGGAGGUAUGGACGAUCGACCCGUUGAAGGGUUGAUUCAGGAGCUUCGAAGUAUACUACUAGAAGCGGUUCGACUUCGAUUGGAAUCCACGGAUGUUCCGGUGGGGAUUCUCUUGAGUGGAGGAGUUGAUAGUAGUGCCGUGGCUGGUAUGGUUGCCGAACUGAGCUUGCGGCAAUCAGGAUCCAAGCACGGCUCUGAGCUGCAAUUACCAGUAUGCUUCACAAUUGGCUUUCCAGACGACGAUAACGUGGACGRAUCGGCUGUUGCUUGUAGAACGGCAGAAUAUAUUGGCCUUCCGAUUGAGAAGGUUGUCGUCGAUGAGCAGAUCCUAGUGGACGAAUUCGAUGAGGCGUGUUGGCUCGGGGAGGCGCUGAUGUGGGACUUGCAGCACAUUGCCAAAAAGGCCUUGAGCAGACAAAUAUCCAAGCGGGGCCUAAAGGUAGUCCUGAAUGGCGAUGGUGGCGAUGAAUUGUUUGGAGGGUACCCUUUUUACGCUGCGGACCGUCUUUUGGCAGACGACGAGCACCGUCCUGCGAGUCUCCAGGGUACGGACACUGCUCAACGGGAGCAGAUAAGGGCGGAAAAGGCUGGACAUCUCGAAUGGUUCGGUAUCAGAGAGACCAAGACUGAGCAGGAGGAUGAGUUCGCCGAGAAGUUGGGACUUCCACCUGGAUUCUGCAACAUGGCCGUAUCGAGACAUGACGAAUGGUUGUUGAAAGAGGUUCGUAUGAGGAGCAGUCCUUACCAGGCCAUACACGAACUUUACACCGACGAGGAAAUCCAAGCAAUGGCAAAGUGCCAUCCUAUGAACCGUGGGAUGCUUGCAUGGAUCAAGACCAUCUUGCCAAAUAUGGUGAUUGCUGCCAUUAGCGACGGUGCCGAGAUGGCUCAUGGGGUGGAGUCCCGUCCACCAUUCCUGGAUCAUGUUGUGGCUGAAUUCGCGCAUACACUCUCAGCAGAUAUGCUGGUUCACCUCCAAGCCGGGGAGGCGCCGGUCGAAAAGUGGCUCUUUCGAGAAGCCGUUAAGCCAUUCGUCACCGAGGAGGUGUAUACAAAGCGCAAGCAAGCAUUUGCAGCGCCCUUCAAAUGGGAAGUGGGUGGAUCUUUGUAUCACAAGCUCUCCUCGCUCGUAACUCGCGACAACAUCGAGAAGCUAGGAUUUGCUGAUUGGGAUGUGUGUCAAGACAUCGUGGAUCGAGCAUUCCACGGCAAGGAUCAGAUCCUGUUUAGAAAGGUCAUCUGGCUGGCUCAGAUCAUCUCCAUUGGACUCCAGUUUGGAGUCCAGACUUGGCAACCAUGUGGGCAAGAUUAG